AUGACGUCUUCUACUUCCAGAAAUUUUUGGCUUUUUUACGUGGCCGCGCUCCUCGCUCUUUUCGUUGGCACAUCCUGUGCUGCCCAGAUCUCGACCAUUAGUGUCUCUGAUCUUUCAGUCGAAGCCCUCAGCUCGCAAAAACUACCCCACAAAAUCUGGAAGCUCUCCUUUGACUUCCAAAUAGACAGUGCCAAUGCGGUGUCGAAGGACGAUUAUUUUUUGCUCAGCUUGCCCCAUGUCUACCGCAUUAAAUUUGCUGAGGACGCUGACUACCAGUACAUUACUACGGCCGACGGUUCUCAAGCUUUCAGAUGCUACGCAUCUCAACAAGCCGCAUACAAAUUUGAAAGUUCGGUUCUUAGGUGCGAUGCGACAAUGAGUUUUUCAUCCUUUUCUUUGUUGACCGGAAAUCUUGCUGUUGGCGUGGUUUUCAGUAGCGGCGGCUCCUCUUACCAAUACGAGUUGAGCAAUGCCAGAUACUUCGUGACUGGCCAACAAACUAUUGAUUUUGGUGAUGAAUUGAGCUGCUCGGCAGACUUCGAUCAUGCCCCAAGUGUCGACGGAUACUAUUAUGAGGGUCAUACAACAACGUAUGGAACCAUGGAAUCAUAUUAUCUUGGCUUUACGUGCUCUGACGGCUAUAUUCUUGGAGGCACUCAGGUGAUUGAUUAUAAUCCAAAUGGACAAGUCAACGGCUACGAUUGUGCUCAAGCCCAGGUACAGAUUUCAAAGAACUACAACGACUGGUAUUUUCCUACUGACUUUGAGAAUUUUGAUGGCGACUAUGUCUGCAACGGUGCUACCCUUUCUCUUUCCUUUGACAACAUAAAACCGAACUAUCAAAUUUGGGUCAACAACUUGCAGUCGUUAGACAGCUCGGCUACCACUGUGGUCCACAGCGUCUCUUUCGAUUACACCUGCACCAACACGAAAGCUGGUAACACGUACACUACUACAGCCAACCAGUCACCUGUUUUCAUAAUAAACGAUGGUACUUUCACUGGCAGAGCGCUUGUGAGUGGGCAGACCACCUCAAUCAGUACGACUACGACAACAACAACAACUACAUGGUCAGAUAGCUUUGCAACGACUACUACUGGGCCAGUAAGUUCGGGUGCUACAGUAGUCACCGUUCAUGUGGAUAUUCCGCCCACAAGCUCGAGCAUCAGGGCUAGCUCGUCUUUGAGUUCAGUUGACAGCACCUCUCGUUCUUCAAGCUCUAUUAUCGAGUCUACUGUGACUUCCACCGUUGAGUCUUGCUCCGAGCGGAUUUGCUCGUCUAUUACACGAUCAUCGAGCUCCAGUGAGAUUUUGUCAAGUUCAAGCACGUCGUCAUCGUCUUCCGUUACGGUGACGUCUUCCAGCAUAUUGUCUUCUUCAAGCGUACUAUCAUCUUCAAGCACACCUUCUAGUACUGCAGCUUCGUCCACCGCAUCUUCUAGCACCGCGUCCUCUAGCAGUGCAACUCCCUCCAGCACGGUGCCUUCGUCAAGUACAAUCUCGUCAUUUAGCUCAACGCUGUCUUCCAGUGCAAUGUCGUCGUCUAGCCCACUGUUAUCAUCCUCCAGUUCUGUGGCAUCUUCUAGCGGAGCAACUUCAUCAAACAAAUUGUCUUCCACAACUCUGCCGUCAUCGUUGAGUACACUGCCAUCAUCUGAUUCGAAGUUGUCUUCCAGUACGGUCUCGUCGUCUAGUACACUGCCAUCAUCUGGCUUGAAGUUGUCUUCCAGUACACUCUCGUCGUCUAGUACACUCUCGUCAUCCUCCAGUUUUGUGACGUCCUUGAGCACAGAGACCUCUUCAAACAAACUGUCUUCCAGCACUCUGUCGCCAUCUUCCAGUACUCCGCCACCAUCUUCCAGCACACUUUCACCAUCUUCCAGCAUACUUUCAUCAUCCUCCAGCUCUGCGACGUCCUCUAGUACAGAAACCUCUUCUAGCAAACUGUCUUCCAUCACUUUAUCGUCAUCAUCCAGCGCAUUGUCUUCAUCCAGCACAUUGUCAUCAUCGGCGUCGAAGUCGUCCUCCAGUUUAAUCUCUUCGUCGAGUACAGUCUCUUCUUUUAUCACAGCUCCUCCUCCUGAGGCAUUGUCAUCCUCCAGCCUUGUCUCAUCCUCCAUCAACACUUUGUCUUCCAGUAGUGAAUCACCAUCUAGCACGGGAUCGGCUUCAACUGGUGUGGCGUCUUCAGUCUCAAAUUCAAGUCCUCUUUCGGCGCCGUCCUCUGCACAACAGUCCAGUUUAACCUCAUCGCUCGAGACAUCCCCGUUUUCGAGCAUGGUUUCCGCCAGCCUUUCCUCAGCUUCAAGUGACUCAUCAUGCCUUGGCGUCGCAUGUAGCUCACAGUCUACCACCACAAUCUCAUCCGCGAGUGCCCUCAGCAGUACUUCAUCUUCGGGACCCUCCAAUUCGGUAUCAACAGACUCAUUCACUGUUCUUUCGAGCACCGGGUCCACUUUGAGCUCUUGCACCAAUGGGCAAUGCUCGACGCCUUCGACCUACUCCUCUGCUUUCACACCCAUGACCUUUUCAACGAGCAGUACAGCUUCGAGUACCCCUGAGGUGCCACCUUCAAGUGUCAGUUCAGUCACAUCGAGCACUAUAUCUGCAACGUCGGCGUUCAGCACCCCUUUUUUUAGUGGCAGCUUCCAGUCGCCCACAUCGGGAUCUACUGCCUUAUCGACGGGUGUGAGCAGCAGCCCGUUAUCAUCAACUGUCAGCUCUCUGCUAACGGAGUCACAGACGGCUUUCACGAGUGCCUUAACCUCUGCAGAGCAGCCAUCAACGGGUCCCGACACAACGACUGUGACACCUUCCACAGAUAUAUCAAAUAGUAUCACAACAUUGAUUUCUGGUUCCUCAGCAAGUAGUGGUAUCAGUUCCACUUAUAGUACGGCCGGUGACACUACAACAUCUUCCAGCUAUCCAGGUACCGUGGCAGCUUCAGAGUUUUCGUCGACAAGUCCUUCAGGAAUUUCUGGCACGCCUACUAGCGCAAGUCUUUUGAUCAACACAGUUUCAUCUACAUCUACAGAAAUGAGUUCGACGCCAAGUCUUUUGAUCAACACAGUUUCAUCUACAUCUACAGAAAUGAGUUCGACGCCAAGUCUUUUGAUCAACACAGUUUCAUCUACAUCUACAGAAACGAGUUCGACGCCAAGCCUUUCGAUAUACGUCGGAUCUGCAAGUGGAACAAACGUAUCAGGAAAUUUGCUGGCGAUGAUGGCAAUGAUGUUUUACGCUGUAGUAUAG